GGUCACGUGAUGUCCCGGAAGUGCCUUCCUACCACGUUUAGUGUGUUUUAUCGUCGGGGAGUACUCUACUGUCCUUAGUGUUUCAGGAGAACACCUCUGGACAUGGAGGAAGACGUGAUCCCAGAGGAGGAGAGCCUCGCUGCCGCUCUUAAGCAGCUCGUCAGUCUGGGCAAUGCUCUGCUACAGCAGGCCAAGAAAGAAGCGGAGGAUUCCAUGGAGGACUUUGUCCCCUACAAAAUUGCCGCUUUGUUGGGCCUGAUUGCAGCUGGAGCAGAUUUCUACGAGAGCAUCGGAGUGAAGAACAAAAGCGAAGCCCAGGCCGCCUGGCAGAAGUUGUAUCGCCAUACAGCAGUGAGAGAACAGGUGGAGGAGCUACUCCAGCUCCAGAGCGAGUGGGACUCAUUCCUGGAGCAUGUGGACCGAAGUCUUCAGUCAUCUUGUGCUCCUGUGAAGUUAGGAGGAGAAACAGCAGACAUCUUUAGCCCUGAAACUUUGUUGACUGAUGGACGGAGUGGAAAGCGUGUCACCCUAGAUCACUACCGUUCUUCGGGGCAGAAGCUUCUGCUGGUCCUCAUCAGACACUUUGGAUGACUACCGUGACGCGACCAUGUGGCUGAGCUUGAGGGCAGCAGGGCUGCCCUGGAUGCUCGGUCUGUGAAGGUCUUGGUGGUGUCUUUUGGGGCACUGGAGGGGGCUCGGUUGUGGCUGCAGCAGACUGGAUGCUCCUUGGACUUGGUACUGGAUCCACAGAGGAAGAUCUACCGGACCUUUGGACUGAUCUCGUCCUGCGCUAAAGUAAUGAACUUUGACUCCAUGCUCCGGUACUCAGAGUACCUAGCUGCCAAAAGAGACUUCCCUGAAUUCCCUAUGCACAUGCUGGAGGACAUCUACCAGAUGGGAGGUGACUUUCUGCUCAGCGAGACCAACAAAGUCCUUCUGUCCCACCCAAGCAAGUACCCGAUGGACCGACCCACACUCGGCGACAUCCUGCGGACAGCGUCUAGCUCAACUGAGCUAUUCGCACAGGAAGCCAGCAGUAGUGGCGCUCCACUGCACACCAAUGACGUCACGCCUCACACUCACGACACCGUGAAGAGGUGCGACCGAUGCAAAGCUGUGAGAACCGGGCGCCCCUUUCUUGCUGUCAGGUCCUUGCUAUAACUGAAAUAUGAAUAAUUACGAACACCAUUUGAGCAUUAGGACAGUGUACUAGUAUGGUUUGUACUUGUAUUGUACUCAAUUGUAGGGCAAAUUUGGCAAACGAGUAAUGGAACUAUUUUAAUAUUGGAGUGGUGCAUUAGUUGACAUCCAUGUGGCCAAAGUGGCACUAGUCAUGCAAAAAAUGUCACUUUCAUAAGAUGUAUGAUAAUUCUACUGGUUCUACUCGUGCACUAAAUAGUCUUUCCGGUGAUGUUGAAGAGCUGACAAGUACACUGACCUUAAACUUUGUACUGAGGAUACUGAAUAAAUGUUCAAAUUUCUUUCUACAA